AUGUCUACCCCGACUAGACAGUUUCACAAACUGUCAAUCGGUAACAUGCCUGAGACUCGGUCCCAGUCGAUCCGAACAGUCCCUACCGAUCAAAGUGAGCGUGAGGACGAGGGGAGUGAGGCCAGUGGCGAGGAGAGUAGCGGUGGAGAGUCCAUUGAUGAGAUCACCGCGCCUUCUGGGAUUACCUAUGACAUGAGCAAUCUAGAUGAUGAAUCUGGAGCUAGUGCCUCGGUGGGUUUCAGAUCACAGUUCGAGGUUGUCAACUGCCGGGCUUCGGACUCCGGCUAUGAAUUUCAGCUAUUGGAUCGACCCAAGGUGCACGUUGGACCUGACUCGACUACUUGCACCUGUUUAACUUUUCAGGCGCGGCCACAGGCUGCUUGCCAGCACAUAUUUUGGCUUCUUGACCAGCUCCAUGCCUACUUUCACCCUGCACCUUCGACGGCCCGCACGGCUCUCUCCAGCGACGGCCGUCCCCAGGUGUCUACACGCGUCGAGGAACUUCUCAAUGGUGCCAGCCUACAGACGGUAGCAAAUGAUCUGCAAUGGCAGUGUCACCGGGACGAAGGAAACGGUAGCCAUCAAGGAAUGACACGAACAGAGAAAAUACGGGACGUGCUCUCGGCCUUCAAAACAAAUAUUCUCCCCGAAGACUUCCGCCCAGAUCUGAAAGAAACGACCCAGAAACUCACCGCAGAGUCCUGCGUGGUCCAAGGCGACUUCGAAGCGACAAUCUUCCGACUGGCCGUUCACGACGACAGCGUCUUCAGCAGUGUUUGCAAGGCAAUGCCCUCCGGCGCAUGUGCAUCAAUCUACUACGAGAAGAUCCAGAAUCAGUCCCGCCGACUACUAGAAGAAUUUGACCGGUACUGUGCGACAGGCGAACGACCUACCGAUCCUAGCAGUCCUGGAGGUGGCAUCGUGGAAGUCGAAGAAGUGGUCCUCCAACUUCGGCACACUGUCUCGCGCAUUCGAUCCAACAUUGCCACUCGCUCUCCUCACGGCUCCGAGGGUGCUGCCGGUGCCCUUGUCGAGAUCCUCGUCGAACUCGCUUCCCGCAAUAAGGACCCCCUCGCUGGAAAUAAUUGGGGCCGAACAUCUUUCCACGGCGAGGAUGAGGAUCAGCGCAAUCUUUACCAUUUGCUGUUUGGUUCGGAUGAUGACGAUGUGAAACUUGAUGCGGAGCUAUUUGUGCUCAGCGCGCUCGAGGAUCUUCAUCCUUCAUUUUUGACCAUAUGGGCUCAAGAUCUUCAAAAGUGCCUCAGCAAAAUGGAGGUUAACCGGGCGCCGAAGGCCUAUCUUGUUCGACUCGGUACUUUGAUUCGCUCGGUUGAAGCUGCUGGUGCUGCGGGCUCCUCGGGAGCAGGGUAUAAGAGGCCUGCAGUUGGGCACCCAGGAGGUUAUAGCAAGCGAAGUCGUUAA